CGAUGAAUGGAUCAUGUGCGUGAAGGCAUUGUUGUGCAGUGGGACAUUUAAAUUGUGCAUUUCUAUUGCGACUCGCGUGUACUAUUUUAGUGGCUGACCUACUGCUGGCUCACUGCUUCUUUGUUUUCAAUUCUUUAUAAGUUGGAGAAAUAGCUCCUCGAUCUUAAUUUAUUGUGUUUGACAGUUAUCAGCAUCAUCAUGCCGGGAAUAGAUGACUGGGUGAAUUUACCUCUUGAUAUUGUUCAGAGUUUAUUCGAUGCCAAAAAUAAAGAGUGGAGUAAUAAUGUUGAUGGGUUCUUCAAGAAUCGUCUAAGCGACUUCACAGCGUGGCAAAGGAUUCCGUCCCUGAACCACACCCCCCUUCACACCCUCAAGCCUAACUCACUGGUCCGAUUUCGAUGUAUGGUCCAAGAUAUGUUUGAUCCAGAGUUUUACCUUGGUGUCUAUGAAGUCCAAAAUAAAUCUAGCAACUCAACAUUUUUGAAGACGGGGAAGUACCAGGAUGUAGCAGAGUGCAGUCGAGAUCAACUUAUCAAUUUGGAAUCGAGACAGAAUGUAACCUGGGAUCGUCAGACGCUCUACUGUGUUCCUAUACCGGCAGAGAAUGAAUGGAUCAAACAAGGCUAUGCAGAGACUAGCCAACAGAUGACCUGCCCUCCACUUGACCCCAGCUCGAGUUCUACUUCCAGGGUCAAGCGAGCUCUCGACAUCGACGAGUCCUCGCCCUCAGCAUCACAAGAUUCCUCGGUUACCCCUCAUCAAAAUGGUGGCGAGGUUGCCAUGGAGAAUGGAGGAGAUGCUGAGAAGAGGAGCAGAACAACAGAUGGAGAUGAAGGAACAGCUGGAGGAGGAGCCAAUACGACAGUAGAUCUUAAUUUCCCAAUUCCAGGAGAGAAAGGAACUGCUUGUCUUGUCAAAGUGUAUGAUCAGAUAGAUGUCUUCAGAGUAGCAGAAAUGGUGGAGUUCGUUGGUGUCCUCUCAGUUGAUCCUUCAUUGGCCCAUUUUGCAGAUUCAGAGCAGGAGUCAGGUUUGGGAGAUGCAGUUGAAUCUAUGGAAUGCAUAGAGGAGCAGAACGCGCAUUCUCCGCCUCCGUCCCUGGUUCCUAGGUUACACGUGAUCGCAUCCCGCAAGCUCUCUCACAACAACCCUCACAUCCCGGAUGACAUCAACUCCAUCAUGGGAAAGUCAUUGGUAGAGAACACCUUGAAGGAAGCUGGUGUGAUCAGAGACCAGCUGAGAUGGCUCCUGAGUCAAGUUCUGUUAUGCGAUGCACUCACAGCCGACUACCUCAUACUCCAUCUUCUAUCAUCGGUGUAUGCAAGGAGAGAGGUCUGUGCUCUGGGAAAGCUGAGUCUGAAUCUAACGGGAAUACCUCAGGAUCCUGAGUUUGUGGCGACCCUCUACGCAUUGAUUGAACAGCUAGUCUCAAAGUCUCACCUACUGCCUCUGACGUUAAGCAACAUGAACAAGCUGAAGUUAACACCCAAGAAAGACUACACGGCCAACAGGUUAAAAAGUGGCUUACUUCAGCUCACAGACCGGACACAUCUUGUCUUGGAUGAGACUGCCUUGCAGCCAGGCCAGCUCGAUGCUAAUGGUGUAAUGAACCUGGCUGCUCUCGGCAAUAUCAUCUCGUGGCAGAAGGUGGAUUAUGACUUCAACUAUCACAAGACUGAAUUCCAUACUAACGUCGGGGUCCUGGUCCUGUCGGAUGCCAAGUCCAUUCUUCCAACUGACUGUCGGGUUCACCUGCAGCCGAAGCGAGACCAGGUCAACAUGACCGAGGUCAAGGCCUCUGUUCAGGAAGCUCUGAAGUCUGGAACCAUCAACCUGGAUAAGAUCAGGACCUUCCUAGAGGUCUUGCCUCUCCUGGAAUACACCAUGUCAGAAGACGUACAGAAGUUUGUUGAAGAAGACUUUGUUGAAGCUAGGAAGGGCGACCCAAACAAAAUGACCCCUGAAGACUUCCAACAUCUUCUUGUCAUCACAAGGUUACUGAGUUUAUCACUUGGUCAGCCAUCUUUGACGAGGCAGAUCUGGGAGAGAGCCAAGAGGAUGGAAGCAGAGCGAAAGAAUCGCCUCCAGAGCGCAACCCUUCCUGCUUCUUCAGCCGCCACUGCUGCACAAUAAACAGACACGAUUAAAAGGACAGUUUCCAUUGCAAGAGCACACUCGUGUACAAAGACCGGAUGCAUCGUGAUUGACAACGGGGAUGAAUUGAAUGGAGAUUAACUCUUCACCUGCUUUGCUCGACCAUUGGAACGAAACGGGAGUGCCACAGUCGACCUUUGUCACACACACAAUGUACAUGUAUAUGUUGAGUUGGAUCUUGGCUGUUACUGGAGGAUGCAUUGAACUGGACAAGGUGGAGCUUAACUCUUUACCUACCUUGGUUGACAAUUGGAAGAAAACUGGAGUGCCACAGUCAACCUUUGUCACACACACACACACACACACAAUGUACAUUUAUAUGUAGAGUUGCAUCUUGAGCAAAACUGGGGAUGUAUUGAACUGGAUGAAGUGGAGCUUAACUCUUUAACUGCUUUCGUCAACCAUUGGAACUAAACGGGAGUGCCACAGUCAACCUUGUGUGGCAGU